AUGUUUCAGUCUUUCAGUGGCAGCUCUCGUCGCCCACGUCAAGUCAAUCUCUCGGGCCAGAAUCUCAAUCCCUUUGCAGCAACUUCGUGGUCGCCAUCUGCUUCCGGCACCCAGAAGACCGUUGCGAAUGCCCAGCAGGAGAGGCAACAGCGCCAGCAAGAACGAGACCGCCUCAAUGCCUCGAAACGGAUACAGAGGACAUGGCGAGGCCACAGGGUGAGGAAAGAGCUGGCAGACUCGCGGCGAAGUGCUUGGGACGAGACCAAUGCAAGACCACAGGAUGGUGAAGGCGUAUUGGUUGAGCAGCUACAACUUAUACUGCACUUUUUCAACCAGCGACGGAGAGACGACAUUGAUCGAUUAAUUAUUAUGAGCCAGAGGAUACCCCAUGUGGGCUAUGAUACAUUCUUAGAGCUUCCGGCAAUCCAGCCACUGCUUCCUCGAUUAGCAACUGUUACUCUUAGCGCUCUACAGAGGGCGCAUGUGGAUAAGGACUUGGUGUUGACCGCAAUAAAAAUUCCGUUGGAGGGGCGCUCUGGGCUGGAUAGUCACGAUGAAGCAAACUUUGAUGCACAUGCAGCUUUUGCAUUCUAUUUCCUAACAACUCCCAACUUAGCAGCCGCGUUGGGAGGGUUGGAGCAAUUGGCAGGUAUCAUAGAUAUCCGGCUCGUCUCGAUCGCCUUGGUUCGCGGAUUCUCUUCGGACGUGGCUAUCCAAGUGCAGAAUGAGAGUAAACUUUGGCUCCUUGCUAACUUCAUCUCUCUUCACCGGCUUCAGCAUCGAGAUAGUCAAGAACCGGAUUUCCUAAGAGCCUUAUCGAUUCAAUUAUCAAACUCAUCGGCCGACAUCGUGGGCCGUAUUGAUGCUACGGAUCCCGAUGUCUUGCAGCAAUCUGCUGAUAGCGAUGAGGUAGAGACAGAUAACAUACCACCGUUACCACAUUUCGUGAAGGAGGAGCUGUUAUCUCUAGUCAACCAAUCUAGCAUUACAGGCCUACUGGCGAAGUUCAAUAUCGACUACGCAAAAGCUUCUGCAGCUGGGGAAGAAGAUGCGAGCUUACUUGCAAGUUAUGCACUCACUCUGCUGAGGAUAUUUCCGCGCCGAGGCGACGAAAUUCGGAUGUGGCUGUACCUUGGAUCCAUGACCACUUCCGCCGGCGCCCAAAUUCCUGCCUUGAAAUUCUUUUGGCAAUCUAUGAGCAAGACAGAUAUUUUCUCCGCCAUCAAGGCUGACUCGAAAGCCGCGUUACCCACUCUGCGGUCCCAGACACAAGCUCGAUCGGUAUCCCCGGCAUCAACCGAGUCAAUUAAAGACCGAGAAUGGCGGACCAUAUUGCUAUUUCUCGAGCUAUACACAUUUGUGCUCAGAUUUACAGAUGACGAAGAAUUCCUAGGUGGCAAUGAUCCUGGAUUUGGUGAAGUCACUGGGCCGAUCUCCCGAAUUCGUGCGAGUGCGCUUCCGAUUCAGGCCGUCAAGUACCUCACAAUUUUCCUAAAGAACUUGGCAUUUACGAUGUAUUACAACGCAGGCGAGUUAUCUGAUGGCGACCAGCAAAGCAUGGAAGGCGGGCUUGGAACAUAUUUUGGAACCGCCAGUUCCUCCAGGUUUUCUUCGCCCCAAGUCGAACAAGUUGCGAAACCUGUCACCAGUCGACCGUUUGCGGGUAUUGCUGGCAUGACAUUUAACUACGUAAGAACGAUAGUCACUGGUGUUAUGCGCAUGCUUUACGAACGAGAUUCGAGACGCCGAUUUUUACCAAGUGGCCAUUGGCUCAUGAUAUCUCGAUUCGACAUGGAAGGAUUCAUUCCGGCGGUUGUUAUGGAAGAGGAAAGGCAGCAUGAAGUUAGAGAAGAGGGAGAAGAUGACGAAGAUGCCGACAUUGAAGAGGACCUUGGAAGCAGGCAUGACUUGGGCCUCGUAGGCAUGUCAAGGCCGAGGCGGGCUGUUCAAAUCGAGAAUUUGAGAAGGCAACAACAUAAGACUGCCCGGAAGAAAAUUCUUGCUGCGGUUGGUCCAAGACUUGAGGUGUUACAAAACAUGCCCUUUGUUAUCCCCUUCGAGACCCGCGUCCAAAUUUUUCGACAGUUCGUUCUUCUCGAUCAAACUCGUAGGCGAGAUGGGAAUGUGGAUCCUGACAUAUGGCGCAUGUCCAUCAUCCAACAAUCGCACAUGCCAUCCAGGCAUAAUAGAUUGGGAGGAAACGAGCUUCUUGGUCGACAUCAUGCGAAGAUUCGAAGAGAUCAGGUUUUCGAAGAUGCCUAUGAGCAGUUUUACGACCUUGGUGAAGGCCUGAAAGAACCGAUCCAAAUAACCUUUGUAGACCAAUUUGACACGGUUGAAGCUGGUAUUGAUGGAGGCGGCGUUACCAAAGAAUUUCUUACAAGUGUUACGAGUGAGGCGUUUCGUCCGCAGGAUGGCCUGAACUGGUUCGUUGCCAACGAUCAGAACCUAUUAUACCCGAAUCCUUCUGUACUUGAUGAGCGACGGGAAUAUAUGAGACAGGUCGGCAUGACUGAAUCGUCAGCUGCGUGGCGGGAAACUAUCAGGGAGAUACUCAGACGCUACGAAUUUCUUGGCCGUGUAGUCGGAAAGUGCCUUUACGAAGGCAUUCUAAUCGACAUUGGCUUCGCCGGGUUCUUCCUCCUUAAAUGGGCUAGUUCAGGGGCUACUGGGUCUGAGUCGGGAUAUCGUGCCAAUAUCAACGAUCUUCGGGAUCUCGACGAAGGCCUAUAUCAAGGUCUAUUGAAACUGAAGAAUUACCCCGACAACGUGGAAGAUUUCGGUCUUGAUUUCACUAUUACGGAUACAGUCUCUUUACCAGGCGAACCCACACAAACAAUCACGAGGGAGCUCAUGCCUAAUGGGUCAAAUACCCCGGUCACUAAUGAGAAUCGUCCUCUCUACGUGUCGUAUGUUGCACGACAUCGCUUGCAAGUUCAGCCUUACCAGCAGACGCAAGCCUUUCUAAAGGGCCUUGGUGAAAUCAUCAAGCCGUCCUGGCUAUCGAUGUUCAAUCAAUCCGAACUUCAGACACUUGUGGGAGGAGACUCGUCAGAAAUUGAUGUGGAUGACCUAAGGAGGAACACUAUUUACGGUGGAAUCUAUCAGAUUGGCGACGAUGAUCUCGAACAUACCACUGUCCAAAUGUUCUGGCAGGUUAUGAAAGAGCUGGACGAUGAAGAGCGUCGAAAAGUCUUGAAAUACGUAACAUCGACCCCAAGGGCACCACUAUUGGGGUUCUCACAAUUGAACCCGAGAUUCAGCAUUCGCGAUGCCGGAAGCGACGAGGAGCGAUUACCUAGCACAAGUACAUGCGUCAAUUUGCUAAAGCUCCCAAGAUAUUCAAACCCAAUCAUACUGAAGCAGAAACUUCUCUACGCUGUUAACUCUGGCGCUGGUUUUGAUCUUAGUUAG